AUGAUGAGAAGAACACGCAGCAAAAGGACCAAGACCGUAAGGUCCGUGAAGAUCAAUCCACAUGCGUUGGAAGAUCAAAAAAACUUUGACCAUAUCCCUCUUGACGUAGUGAUCGAGAUCGUUGGUAGAUUGCCUUCGAAAUCCGUAGCGAGGUUUCUAGUAGUAUCAAAGUCAUGGGAAACGUUCAUCCGAAGUCGAGAUUUCAUCACAUCUUUUCCGUUUGGGUCUUCCUCGCAGCCUCGUCUCCUAAUAACUUUCAGUCAUUUAGACUACAGAGUAAGACGCCAAUAUUUGGACUUCUUCUCGUCGUCUUCUUCAGGAACGUCAUUGAUAUCACGUUUUACACGUCAAAACCAGUACCUUCCGCAGUUUGUUAAUGGUUUAAUAAGCCUUGGAUUCUGCGAAGAACAAAUCAUAUAUAAUCCCACUACUGGUAAGUCCAUAACUCUACCUAAAGUCGUAACGAGGAGAAAGAUCGUCAAAACUUAUUCAGGGUAUGAUCCGGUUAAUGAUCAAUACAAAGUGUUGUGCUUGACGGAAAGACUUCAUGAUAAUCACCGAAAGUUUCAGUUAUCUCAUGAUAGAGUAUUCACACUUGGAGAAAGAGAAUCAUGGAGAGUGAUGGAUUGUAGCAUUCCUCACCGUCCUUGGUCUAACUCUAACGGUUUGUGCAUAGAUGGUGUUUUGUAUUAUCUUGCUUUCACGGGGAAAGGAAUGUUUCAGCGGAGCUUAAUGAGAUUUGAUGUGAGGUCUGAAAAGUUGGAACUCUUAACUGAUUUACCCGCAGAUCUUAUAGCUCCAUAUGGGUUUACUUUGAUAAAGUAUGAGGGGAAAGUAGCCAUAGCGACAAAAUUUGUAGCAUACCCAUUACACACGUUUAAUGUGUGGGUUAUGGAAGAAAUGGAUGGUUGA